AUGCGUCUCCAUUGCGAGUCUCUAUUUCCAAAAAUCCACUUCUAUUUAAUUGCCAUAGGUAUCGUUGCAGUAGCAGGUGGUGCCGGCGAUUUCAGUCGGACUGUCACUGAGCAGCUGGCUGGGUCUGGAAAGCACACUAAAGCGUUAUUCUCUAAAAUUAGGUUAAAACAAGGUGAUUCGCCCGUUCCUGGCGCUGAGCUCCUCGUCAUCGACUAUAGCGACGCGGAUGCUAUUGCGGCAACUCUUGACGCCAAGGCAGUUGAUACUGUUAUCUCCGCACUGGGACCAGGCGGUGAAGAGGGACAGCUGAAGCUCAUUGCCGGGGCGAAGAAGGCUCUACAUACCAGCAGAUUCAUCCCAAGCGAGUAUGCAGCGUAUACUCCUCCCGACGCCCAGGAGAACGAGUUCACGGCCGAGGUCUUACGCGCAGUAGAUGCACUCCGCGAAUCAGGUUUGCAGUAUACACGCUUUGCGAUUGGUAUUUUCAUGGAUUACUUUGGCACUCCCAACACUCCCUCUCACCUCAGCCCUUUUGUCUGGGGUGUCGAUAUUGCUAAACACCAUGCUGCAAUACCUGGUUCCGGCAAUGAAAUCUUAUCUAUGACAUACUCAAAGGAUGUCGCUCGGUUCAUUGAACGCCUGAUCGAGGACGGAAAUUGGCCUGAGUAUAGCAUCAUCUCAGGAUCCGAUACGUCAUUCAACCAGAUCCUCGCUCUCGCUCAGGAGUAUAUAGGCAAGUAUAGACAUGAAGAUUUUAGCGUAACUCAUGACACCAAAGAGAAGCUAGAGAAGAAUGAAGCUACUUUGCUCGAUGAUUCAAGCUACGGCGGAAUGGAUCCGAGGGUGAUGAUGUCUGUGAUUGGAUUGCAACUCAUUGAGGGAGGACUGGAGUUACCUUCGGAAGGGCGGCUCAACGAUCAUUAUCCUGAGUUCAAGCCUAUGACAAUUGCCGAGUUGAUAGCUAGGGCGUGGAAGAAGGGGUAA